CUCUCUCUUCUUCACACGAAAACACGCACAAAAACCCCUCUUUUGCGUCUUUCUUUCCACUUGUACGGUUCUCUGAAAGUCUUCGUCGUCGCUCUUAGGAUGUCCCGCCCGUUCGCUUCCACAGACGCCUCCGUCACCGGCGGUGGAGAUUCCGGCGUCGGCGAGAUCAUGCUUUUCGGUUUUCGAGUCGUGGUGGAUUCGAUGAGGAAGAGCGUGAGCUUGAACGAUCUCUCUCAGUAUGAACUGCCUCACGAAGCUUCCAAUGACAACAACAGCAGCAACGGCAACAACAUCAAUGGCAAUAGCAGCAGCGCUAAGGAAGAUUCCGUCGCCGGUUACGCCUCCGAAAACGACGUCGUCCAUAACUCCGGUGGAAAUCGUGAGCGAGAGCGCAAGCGAGGAAUUCCAUGGACGGAGGACGAACACAAGCUUUUCUUGCUGGGACUGCAGAAAGUAGGGAAAGGAGAUUGGAGAGGAAUCUCCAGAAACUUCGUCAAGACUCGCACACCAACACAGGUCGCGAGCCACGCUCAGAAAUACUUUCUUCGCCGGAACAAUCACAAUCGCCGGCGACGCAGAUCUAGCCUCUUCGACAUCACCACCGAUACGGUUGCAGCAAGUCCUAUGGAAGAAGAGCAAUUGCCUCACCAAGAUAACACAUCUCAGUCACAUCCAUUGCCAACUGAGCCCUGCAAUCCAAGUGUAUUUCCACUGGUGCCAACUUUUCCGGUGAAUGUCGCACCGGCAGUAGCACCGAUGACAAUUGAGAAUCCAAUUCAAGACCUAAAACUCGGUCAAGGAAGUCAUCUUGAGCAUAAUAAUGCAUCAGCUAAGGUUGUCCGUCCAGUUGCCCUUCAUUCGAACCCGCAUGCUACCACAAUAACCGAUCUCAACUUGAAUUUGAAAUCAUCAACGAUGGAUCCAUGUCCUCUAUCUCUUAAGCUCUCAUUGCCAAUGGAUUCAAGGGAAUCAUCUGCAACGCAUUCAGCUUUCCAGGGAAUGUCAAACUUAAAUAAUGGGGAUAGCAUAAUCACAGUUGCUUGAAAAAAAAAUAAAAAAAAAUAAAAAAAGUGGCUGUUGAUUUGAUGAAAUGGUUUAGACAAAGAUAUCCCCCAAAAAAAUGACAAUGGAUUAGAGAAGACAAAGGUUAAAAAAAAAAAAAAAAAAUUAGGCGACUGAAUUUGAUCCUGUCCUUGUUUAUUGUACAGACCCAAGAUAAUGUGAUGUCUUGUUGUUCUUGUU